UCAGUUUAACAGGUGCAUUAGUUGACUAUCGACAUUCAAUUAAAUCCAAAGAACAAUGACAAUGAUGUCAACUGUUCUCAUGCAGACAACACCGAAUACCAGUAAUACCACUGAAGGUGAAACAAAAUGUAUGUUACAAGGAGAAAAUUGGGAAUUUCCAACUCGUUUAAUUGGUCUGGUUUUUUUAGGUGUCGGAUUAUUACUUGGAUCACUUAUAAUAAAUAUUAAAAAAUUUCAUACUGCAUCGUUAUUCAAUGCUAUUUUUAUGAUGAUAACUAUGUUAAUUUUACUCAUUGGCAUUGGACUAGCCACUCCACUUGUCAAUUGGUAUGAACAUGAUAUAGUUAUCUUUAUCAUAUUACCGUUGACAUUGAUCUCUAUAUUUUAUGGUAUACAUUUACAAAAUUCUACAAAAACAUGGAGACUGGUGUUAUUCAUAAGUUGUUGUGUAAUAAUACUCAUUGCAUUUGCAUUCACCAUAAUAAACAUCGUAAUUGCACGUCACUACUCGCAAGGUACAAAAAGCUGGAAGGUAAGUCGAUGUGAUAUAUUUAAUUUCAGUGAAUGA